GUCCCUUCCCAGCCUCAAUCCGCGCCACCUUUUCCCUCGGCCCGCGCGGGGCCCAGCUGACGGGCCGCGUUGUUUACGGGCCGGAGCCGAGCCCUCGCUCCCGCCGCCGCCACCAGCCCAGGUGCCUGCCCGUUCGCGCGUCCCUCCGUCUCCGACCCCGCAGAACGCGACCCACCCAGAGCUGCACGGGGCGGAGGACCAGGAGGCCUGGAAAGGGGGCGCACGGCGGUGAGCUCUGGACCCUGCGAUUGCGGGCACCGGACCGUGCCUGGGUGACCCGGGGCCGUCUGCGGGCCGCGCCGCCUCGUUGGUCGAAGCCGAGGCCUCUGCGCUCUUCCCGGGACCGUCCCAGGGCCCUCUUUAUUGGAGAACUGCGGCCCGCGAGCCACCGGCGUGGAAGAGAAAGGACGCGCGGCCUCUGGCGCCUCUCCGGCGACCUCCUCGCGGACUAUGUCCCCAGCGGGGCGGCGUGGCGUGCUCUGAUCGCUGGGGUCCCUGCGCUCCUACAGCCAUGGGCUCGGGGAGACGACGUGAGACGACGGCCGUGCCGUUGCUGGUGGCCGUGGCUGCGCUGCUGGUGGGCGCAGCCGGCCACCUGUACCCCGGAGAGGUGUGCCCUGGCAUGGACAUCCGGAACAACCUGACCAGGCUGCAUGAGCUGGAGAACUGCUCAGUCAUCGAGGGCCAUCUGCAGAUCCUCCUGAUGUUCAAAACCAGACCCGAAGAUUUCCGAGACCUCAGUUUCCCCAAACUCAUCAUGAUCACUGACUAUCUGCUUCUCUUCCGUGUGUAUGGCCUGGAGAGUCUGAAAGACCUCUUCCCCAACCUUACAGUCAUCCGAGGCUCCCGCCUCUUCUUCAACUACGCCCUGGUCGUCUUUGAGAUGGUCCACCUGAAGGAGCUGGGGCUCUACAACCUCAUGAACAUCACUCGCGGCUCCGUCCGCAUUGAGAAGAACAACGAGCUCUGUUACCUGGCCACCAUUGACUGGUCCCGGAUCCUGGAUUCUGUGGAGGACAACUACAUCGUGCUCAACAAAGACGACAACGAGGAAUGUGGGGAUGUCUGUCCGGGCACUGCCAAGGGCAAGACCAACUGCCCGGCCACUGUCAUCAACGGGCAGUUUGUGGAGCGGUGCUGGACGCACAGUCAUUGUCAGAAAGUUUGCCCGACCAUCUGUAAGUCACACGGCUGCACCGCCGAAGGCCUGUGCUGCCACAGGGAGUGCCUGGGCAACUGCUCGGAGCCCGACGACCCCACCAAGUGUGUGGCCUGCCGCAACUUCUACCUGGACGGCCGGUGCGUGGAGACCUGCCCGCCUCCCUACUACCACUUCCAGGACUGGCGCUGUGUGAACUUCAGCUUCUGCCAAGACCUUCACUACAAAUGCAGGAACUCCAGGAAGCCUGGCUGCCACCAGUACGUCAUUCACAACAACAAGUGCAUCCCUGAGUGUCCUUCUGGCUACACCAUGAACUCCAGCAACUUGAUGUGCACCCCGUGUCUGGGACCCUGUCCUAAGGUCUGCCAAAUCCUCGAUGGUGAGAAGACCAUUGACUCUGUGACAUCUGCCCAGGAGCUCCGAGGCUGCACUGUGAUCAAUGGCAGCCUGAUCAUCAACAUUCGAGGGGGCAACAACCUGGCAGCUGAGCUGGAGGCUAACCUUGGCCUCAUUGAAGAAAUCUCAGGGUUCCUAAAAAUCCGGCGCUCCUAUGCUCUAGUAUCACUUUCUUUCUUCCGGAAGCUACAUCUGAUUCGAGGGGAGACCUUGGAAAUCGGGAACUAUUCUUUCUACGCCUUGGACAACCAGAACCUCAGGCAGCUCUGGGACUGGAGCAAACACAACCUCACCAUCACUCAGGGCAAGCUCUUCUUCCACUACAACCCCAAACUCUGCUUGUCGGAGAUUCACAAGAUGGAAGAAGUUUCCGGAACUAAGGGCCGCCAGGAGAAGAACGACAUUGCCCUGAAGACCAAUGGGGACCAGGCAUCCUGUGAAAAUGAGUUACUUAAAUUUUCUUUCAUUCGGACAUCUUUUGACAAGAUCUUGCUGAGGUGGGAGCCCUACUGGCCCCCCGACUUCCGAGACCUCCUGGGAUUCAUGCUCUUCUACAAAGAGGCCCCUUAUCAGAACGUGACGGAGUUUGAUGGACAGGAUGCUUGUGGCUCCAAUAGCUGGACUGUGGUCGAUAUUGACCCUCCCCAGAGGUCCAACGACCCCAAGUCUCAGACCCCGAGCCACCCUGGGUGGCUCAUGCGAGGCCUCAAGCCCUGGACUCAGUAUGCCAUCUUUGUCAAGACCUUGGUUACCUUCUCUGAUGAGCGCCGGACCUACGGAGCCAAAAGUGACAUCAUCUACGUGCAGACAGAUGCCACCAAUCCUUCUGUCCCCCUGGACCCCAUAUCGGUUUCUAACUCCUCCUCUCAGAUUAUCUUAAAGUGGAAGCCCCCCUCCGACCCCAACGGCAACAUCACUCACUACCUGGUCUACUGGGAGAGGCAGGCCGAGGACAGCGAGCUGUCCGAGUUGGAUUAUUGUCUCAAAGGGCUGAAGCUCCCCUCCCGGACCUGGUCCCCGCCUUUUGAAUCUGACGAUUCUCAGAAGCACAAUCAGAGCGAAUACGAAGACUCAGCCAGUGAAUGCUGCUCGUGCCCGAAGACUGACUCUCAGAUCCUGAAGGAGCUGGAGGAGUCUUCCUUCAGGAAGACCUUCGAGGACUACCUGCACAACGUGGUCUUUGUCCCCAGAAAAACCUCUUCAGGCAAUGGUGCCGAGGACACUAGGCCAUCUCGAAAGCGGAGAUCCCUUGAGGAGGUGGGGAAUGUGACGGCCACCGUGCCUACGCUUCCAGAUUUCCCCAACAUUUCGUCCACCAUCGUGCCCACGAGUCAGGAGGAGCACAGGCCGUUUGAGAAAGUGGUGAACAAGGAGUCUCUUGUCAUCUCUGGCCUGAGACACUUCACUGGCUACCGCAUUGAGCUGCAGGCAUGCAACCAAGACGCCCCAGAUGAGAGGUGCAGCGUGGCUGCUUAUGUCAGUGCGCGGACCAUGCCUGAAGCUAAGGCAGAUGACAUCGUUGGCCCUGUGACCCACGAAAUCUUUGAGAACAAUGUUGUACACUUAAUGUGGCAAGAGCCGAAGGAGCCCAAUGGUCUGAUUGUGCUGUAUGAAGUGAGCUAUCGGCGAUAUGGUGAUGAGGAGCUUCACCUCUGUGUCUCCCGGAAGCAUUUUGCCCUGGAGCGGGGCUGCAGGCUGCGAGGGCUCUCCCCAGGAAACUACAGUGUUCGAGUCCGGGCCACAUCGCUGGCGGGCAAUGGCUCCUGGACCGAACCCACCUAUUUUUAUGUGACCGAUUAUUUAGAUGUCCCAUCAAAUAUUGCCAAAAUUAUCAUUGGGCCCCUCAUCUUCGUCUUCCUCUUCAGUGUUGUGAUUGGAAGUAUUUAUCUGUUCCUGAGAAAGAGGUUGUUUCCUUCUUCUGUGUACGUGCCGGAUGAGUGGGAGGUGCCUUGAGAGAAGAUCACCCUCCUGCGAGAGCUGGGACAGGGAUCCUUUGGUAUGGUGUAUGAGGGCAAGGCCAAGGAUAUCAUCAAGGGCGAGGCAGAGACCCGUGUUGCAGUGAAGACUGUCAAUGAGUCAGCCAGUCUCCGAGAACGGAUCGAGUUCCUCAACGAGGCAUCAGUCAUGAAGGGGUUCACCUGCCAUCAUGUGGUCCGCCUCCUUGGGGUGGUGUCCAAGGGCCAGCCAACACUGGUAGUGAUGGAAUUGAUGGCUCAUGGAGACCUGAAAAGCCACCUCCGCUCUCUGCGACCGGAUGCUGAGAAUAACCCAGGCCGUCCUCCCCCUACCUUGCAAGAAAUGAUUCAAAUGACAGCAGAAAUUGCUGAUGGCAUGGCAUACUUGAAUGCCAAGAAGUUUGUGCACCGGGACCUGGCAGCUCGAAACUGCAUGGUUGCUCAUGAUUUUACCGUCAAAAUUGGAGACUUUGGGAUGACGAGAGACAUCUACGAGACAGAUUACUAUCGGAAAGGGGGUAAGGGCCUGCUGCCUGUGCGGUGGAUGUCACCCGAGUCCCUGAAGGAUGGAGUCUUCACCGCCUCUUCUGAUAUGUGGUCCUUUGGAGUGGUCCUUUGGGAAAUCACUAGCCUGGCUGAGCAACCUUACCAAGGCCUGUCUAACGAACAGGUGUUGAAAUUUGUCAUGGAUGGAGGCUAUCUGGAGCCACCUGAUAAUUGUCCUGAGAGACUGUAAGUAUAAAGAAGAGGUGGAGAGCAUGAGUUUAUUCAAAAGGCUUUGCAGUUCAUAUGUGUUUUGUGUCUGUAUAUCCCAGGUAUAUAUGUGUGGGGGACAGGCCUUAUGCCUACAUGUAUGUUUGUAUAGCAUGCCCUUACAUAUAGGCUUGUGUUUGCAUAUUGCAUUUUGGAUGCACACUUACAUUUUCACAUGUGUCUACAUAUGUGCUUAUGUUCACAUAUUAUUUAUGCCUCUGCAUGUGUCAUGCAGUCUACAUGUAUACAUUUGCACAUCAAAUCUGCUUUAAAGAUUUAUUUUUAAUCUUA